ACAUUCGCUAUCUCAUCCCCUUGACCUAUAUUUGCUCCUCUCGAUGUAUCUUCCACGCUGUGAAGCCUCAUCGCAGCCCACGUAAUCCUAAGCGGAGAUUUGCGGUCUGCAUUUGAGUCCAUAAGAAGGACUGUGUUGUGGAUUGAUGCAAUUCAGAGCUCGUUGACAGGAAAGCGGAGUAUCUCUCGAAGAGUGCUGUCGUACUUAGGUAGGAUUGCUUGAAUAAGCGAGAUCCUCUUUUUUCUAUGAGGUGACGAUGAAGAAUUUGAGUUCGGGAGAGGGAGAGUGAGCUGAGCAAUGGUGUCUCUGCAGCAGAGGCUUAUGGCCCCUGCGUGCUUGCAUUGCAGGAUGUCUCUGCCGUCGAGUUCGGUGUUCAGCAUGGCUCUGUCCGUGAAUGCUAGCCCGGCAUUGUCCUCUGGACAUGUGUCUGGGUAUGGCGUCCCCGUCAUGAGUCGGCCUGAGCGUUGCAGCCUUGCAGUGGGACGGAAUGAUUCUAAUUUCUUUAGAGGAAUGUGCUUGACUUUCUCUCGGAACUUUGCUGGGAGGGCUCAGCAUAGGGCUGCCACAAGUGCGAGGCUGGCUUCUGUGGAGUUCACAACCGAGGAAGCCAAGAUUGUAGAUGACGUGAGGGAGACUUUAGAUGGAGUAGAGGUUGAUCCUUCGAAGAAACUGGAGGGAAAUAUGAGGAGACUUGCUGGGUCAAACAUCAUCAUGGAUAUGAACAUGGGUAGACAUCACCUCGUCAAGUCAGCUGAAUUUAUUAAAAGUAGUCCCAAGGAGUCCGAGUGUCCUAAGGACGGACUCCCUGAAUUUGCCCUUGUGGGAAGAUCAAAUGUUGGAAAGAGCUCGUUGAUUAACGCGCUGGUCAACAGGAAGGAGCUCGCUCAAACCUCCAAAAGACCUGGCAAGACACAGCUCAUCAACCAUUUUCGCAUCAAUAACAACUGGUAUUUGGUGGAUCUUCCUGGUUAUGGAUAUGCAAAGGCGCCUACUGCAGUGCGGACAGACUGGAACGAGUUCACUAAAGACUAUUUUCUCCACCGUAAAACGUUAGUUUCAGUUUUGCUGCUGGUGGACGGGAGUAUACCUCCUCUGAAAAUCGACCUUGACUGUGCUGAUUGGCUAGGUCGCAACAAGAUCCCAGUCACAAUCGUUUUUACGAAAUGCGACAGGAGGAAGAAGAGAAAGAAUGGAGGAAGGGCGCCGGCCGAAAAUGUGAGGGAUUUUGAGAAGCAACUGCAAGAUUCGUUCGAUCAGUCUCCUCCCUGGAUCAUGACUAGCUCUGCAACCGGUCAAGGAAAAGAUGAACUACUGCAGCAUAUUACCCGUCUAAGAGAUUAUUGGAAUAACUAAAUGUGGAGGAAUGAGAGUGCAAAUAAGCAUUCAUUCAACGUCUAAAACCCAGAGUAGGAACCUGAGCCGUAUAUAAAGGGCAGUCCAGUCCAGACAACUACCUGUCAAAGAAAGAAAAGAACUGUCUAUGUGAGUAGAUAGUUUCCAAACGUGACGUGGAUCCUUCCACGGAAGGAGAAAACAGGAGCGGAUACAUCUCAGUUCUUAUGCGUAUACAAGUCGCUCCAUUAUUGUACCAUUUACUGUAAGAUACAAAUAAACUAUGCUAAAGCAUAACAUCUAU